ACACUGUUUCUACAGCGAAAUACGCGACGUGGACAUGGACGACACGGCAAGGAAUUUGAGGGAAAGAGUUCUCAGUCGUCGUUCUGCGCUUGAGCAGACGUGGAGUGAUACACAGAACCAACCAUGGACUACAGAUGAGUUUAAGAAUGUCACAGAUUAUACAAUGGAACUACAGGAGUUGGGAGAGCAAAGUGUGGGGUCAAGUGUUAUGACAAGUGAAGUUGUUCCAUUCGAUCAUGCUCAAAGUCCUAUGCAGUUUGAUGUGUCCGAAUCUCAAGAAGCAGACGAAGUAAUGAAGUCACUGACAGCCAGACGAACGCAAACGAAAGCAGAGCUUCAAACAACUAUCAAAUCUGCUGUUCAUCGUCCAGUUCGAUUGCCACCUAUAGUGCGAGAGAAGAGUCCAGGAUCUGGUCACGCUCAGGCUACGUCAUUUGUUGAAACAGCAGGAAAUGGAGACAGAGAAGUAGACAUGAGUAAUGACGAUGAUGGAAAUAGGAGAGAACUGCGAUCGAAAGCAUUGACUGAGUCGAUUCGUCAGAGAAUGCGUCAGAAACUGCAAGAAGGCAGACUAAGCAUAGGUGAAGGAGUGAGUGAAGAUGCAACAAAGCCUUCUAGACGUCAUCGACUUUUACGGCAACGAGACAUUCCAACUCGAUUUGAUGAACCAUUGGGACCUACAGUCAGUGACAACACACUAGACAGAGUGGAAUCAGACGAUCAGUUGCAAUCAGGGCUCUCAUCUAGUGUGCUAGCUAGGAGCCAUUGGCAGCAAGCGCUAAAUGCGGUUACAUCACAAACCAUGGUACCUGGUAGAGCAGAAGACAAGUCAUAUGACUUCUUUACUCAGUCAUUAGAGGCACCAUUUGAAGAUCUGUUUCCUCAACAUACAGUUGUAGCGAGGGAGGAAGCACGUGAGAGUUCUACUGCAGAGGCUGGAGAUAGUCAUGCUCAAGAGGAACUAGAAGAAGAACCAAACGAGUUGGAUACUUCAGCACUUAUAACGCAGUUACAUGUAGUCGCUCUUUGA